AUGGCUGUCAAGGACGAUCCAGAGAUCCUUUGUCUUAACCCUUAUUUCUCCCGCAUAUGGGUAGUGCAGGAGAUAGGCUCCGCGAAAAGAGCCAUCGUACUAUACAGGCAGCAAUCGAUGGGUUGGGAGUUCUUCCACACGAACCUGCAGCGAUUGAUGACCCGGAAGUGGGUUCGACACUUUGGCCGCCCAAGACAGAUUGAUGACGCUGCAUCGUUUUUGGCGCUUCUCGAAGACACUUGGGAUUGUCAUGCGUCAGACCCAAGAGACAAAGUAUUUGCAUUAUUGGGACUGUGGAAAGCAUCAGUAGAGCCGGACUACACACUAUCGCCACAAGCUGUGUAUAUCGGGCUGGCCUCUAGUUUUGUGACAGACCAGGAUGCGAAGCUGGCUGGAAGGGUGCUUGACAUGGCCAGUCAGGGUCAUUCCAUGACCGGACUACCAUCAUGGGUCCCCGAUUGGAGUGUCAAGAGUCAACAAUUAUACCGAAGAGUUUGGAAAAAGACAUCGUUUGUGCCCUCGACUGCGAUAUCUAGCGGACGAUCGAAGAGACAAAAGUUUAGAGUCCACGGUGGUACCGGGUCCCUGUGUGCUGUAGCCAUAGAGAUCGACAUGCUGGGACCAUACCUACAGAAGGGCUUUCGGGUGACAACUGAUGGAAUGGCCACUGCAGCAGUUGGGCAAAUACAGGUCUCUCUACCUCUCCAUGUGGCAUCUAGAUGCAAGCCAACGGAUAGCAUCUUUGAAGCCUUUGAGUAUGAAUUCUUCCUCAUCCUUCGUAAGAAGACAGAUACUCACAUAUAUACGUUUGUUGGGCUUUGUGAUUACCAGGUAUUGGCCACCCCCAUGACAACGCAAGUCGAUGCGAUCAGAUACCUCAAUGACUGGGCAUGGCUUCUUGAUGGACGGAGGACAUGGACAUGGUCAAAAUUGGCGAAUUGGGAGAAGACACACAAAUGCUGGCUUGAUCUCCAGGAACAGCAGAGUCUUGAACGUCGAGUAUGCCUACGAAGGGUGAUUCAUAAGGCGCAUUUUCUCAAGAAAGUCCAUUGGCUGGUAGAAGCUGCACGUCACAUCUUGCACGACUACGAUGGUGAACGGAACAGAUUAUCGGCAUUUUUCAACCAGAGGUGGACAGCCGCCUGCCAACAAUGGCAGAUCGCAGACGGCCUGCAAGUGUCGCUCCAAGAAAGACACAGGACCAAGCUCCGACAUCUCCUAAAGGGAUACAAAAGCCUGGAGCCGUUACCCGAAACUCUUGAGGCUACCCAAUUGACGCCUUCAAUGUGGUUACCUAUUUCUUCCCAUUGGUUCCAGUGGAUAGAACACUAUGGAAAGGAUCAGCUGUGUAGUUACUAUCCGCCGCUGGCUGCAUGCAUAGAAAAAGAAAUCCCCUUACCCCCUCUUAACAUGGUCGACACACCUGAAUUCCGGAUGUCGUUAUUUCUUGAGGCCGACCUUGAAACAGUACUCCGGCAACUCCAGCUUGUCGCACGUAGCUAUCCUUUGGCCACUCCAGAAAUAACACAGAAAAGCCGAUCCUACACGCUCAACACACCUCAUGGCUAUGACUUCAGAACUGGAUAUUUGGAUGCAUUUCUGCGCUGGUUAUCAAAACCAUGGUCACCGGAUAUCUUUCUUCUAAAAUCCAAGUCGAAUUUGCAAGGCUUGUUGAUUUGGGAAACCGGAUUUGAAGACAGGUACCAUAUCGAUAUCGCCCACAGACGCCUUGACGAGAACUUUGACAAACAUUUGUCAUUGCUAUCCACAUCUUGCGAGGGCGAGACAUUGUUUACAAAGUUCUUCAAUUUUAUUUAUAGGGAGCAAUUUGAACUACUGUGGAUGUUUGCUUUCCAUAACUCCAAUAGCACCGUCAAGGCCGCCAAUAAAUUCCCUACACUCAACAUCAGUGUUGAGUUUGCGAGAGUGUUCUGGUGGAGGUUCAAUCGAAGUAUUGUUAGGGUGUUUGAGAUCUUUGGAGAGAACGUCCCCUCAGACGAUCAGAUCCAGCAGAAAUGGGAUGAUUUUUUGGAUUGGCUAUCACAAGGAAAACAGCCAUCUCGUGUUGCAGAUCUGCCUUUACCUGAAAUUGAGUUCAAGAUGCGGCCCAAGUACGACGAUAAUGAUUCAUCUAGCCAACGGCUGACGGAUUUCUUCUCAAAGCUUAACUAUCAUGGGUUAUUCAUCUCAACACAACUGCCUGGAACAUUGGAAAGGCCCGAGAGUGCGACCAGUGACCCUCCUCCACGACCCGGAACAGAAUUUGCUGGAGAACAACUUUCAAUGAUUGUGUAUUCAGAGAUUGAACGACGAAGGCUUCCUGAGAAGAUGUUCGCUUUUCUGUUUAAUGAUACCGGUGUAGAUCAAGAGCCGUCUGAUUUAACAUACACAACAUUUGAAGCUAUGGUUACUAACAAACAGUCAUUUGUGCUGGGUACCAACAUUGUUGACAGAUGGAGUGUAGAAGAGGAGCAAUGGAGAGCAGUGAAAGCAUAUGUGUCACAGUCUGAAUGGCAUAUGACUGGCUUAAAGUUGAAGCUGGUGGGGGGUGCUGCUGCAAAUGAGGCAGAAAAGGAUGGCUGGGGCACAUACCAAGAGAUUGUUAUUGUGUAG